AUGACGACCAUUCGGCCUAUUCCGGAGGCGGCUAUGGACAGCUCAGAUAGUAGCGAUUCAUGCGCCACAACCAACAACAACGACAUGAAUUUAAGUCUGUAUAAACCGAGCUUCAAGUAUAACGACUUCGUCAACAAGCUCGAUUCCUAUAACAAUAAUCAGUUGCUGUUGCCUACUCAGUUCUAUAAGACUCUAUUAGCCAAGGCGGUGUUCUCCAGUAACGAUGACAAGAGCAACGUCUACAAGAAUAUGUUCUUUUCCAAAGACCGAGAUUUCGAUCAGAAGGCGGCCUUCGGAUGGGACGGUGGUCAAACUGGUGGGAGUCCCUCAGGGCCCCAAUCUGGAGGCGUUGGUGGUCAAGGAGCGCAAGGCCUCGUCCAUUGGAUGAGUGUAAUGGCCGAGCAUAUGGACCCCGCCAUGUCCCACUACAUGUCGUGGAAUCAAGAGCAAUGUGGCCAACAUGUAAAGGACGACUACCCCAAUUGGACGAGGAACACGAUGGGGAUCAACAAACAGGGAUACGAGUCAAAAAUGAACGAACAUAACCAAAUGCAAAAAGGACUGUACGGCAUGGAAGAUCACCACCAUAUGACGGGUACGCCUGGUAUCUACACGUCGGGAAGGUCGACGUCCAGCAGUUCAAGUCCGGGUGUCGCUGGUUCGAGUCCGGCUCUGCUAGUCGUACCACAACCGAUCAACGCCACCAAAAUGGGCGGCAUGCAAAACGGCGGUCCGCAGCCCAGAAAGUACCAGUGCAAGAUGUGCCCGCAGAUGCAGACACCCAGGUUGUCAGAAGGCUUUUUCACAACUGAGCAAUCUCCAAUCACAUUCGAGGUGCCACCAGACAGACAAACCGUAUAAAUGCAACUCGUGCUACAAGUGCUUCAGUGACGAACCAUCUCUCUUGGAACACAUACCGAAGCACAAGGAGAGCAAACACCUCAAGACGCACAUCUGUCAGUAUUGCGGCAAAAGUUACACCCAGGAAACGUAUCUCAGCAAGCACAUGCAGAAACACGCCGAGAGAACGGACAAAAGGCCGCCUAUAGGGCCUGGGCUAGAAUUUUUCCCAGGGCUGAACCACCGCGGUCUGGACCACCCCUACUGGCCCAAAGUGAGCCCAGAUAGCGCAGAGAACAUGCACGACUACCCCAACGAUAUUCCCCGUCAGAUUUUGGAGCAGAACGAAGACUUGGUCAUCAUCAGGCAGCAGCUUGGUCAGAAUCCUCCCGCCCCUCCUGGUACACCCAACACGAACCUGGGAAAUUCCUACGACACGUCAAUUUCGAAAUCAAACACUAACUCAGCAUUCACUCCGAUCAAUUCCAUGUCGGGUCACUUGAACCUCAACCAUCAUCAACUGGCCCCAAACAGACCUUACAUAUACGAUGCUUUGAGUUUCCAGAAACAGAAUAGUUUGGAUAUACCGAAGUCGCAGCCUUCUAACGGAUUCCCUAACCAGCUGAUCAGCUUGCAUCAGAUAAGGAACUAUGCUCACCAGCCAAACCCUACAUCCUUGAUGGAGCAUUCUAUCUUAGGGUUAGGUAAAGAUAAGUAAAGUAUGCUAUGGUUUAGGGAUGGUUUUCACGGAACUUGUGAUCAGAUGCCUGCCCGUGAUCUCGUACUAAUUUAAUUUAUAAGGCUAUGUUGCAAUUGAAUUCCCAGCUUGGUUGGAUACGAACCAAUAGCUGAAUUCAAUUGUAACAAAUUUUUCAUUCGGGUUUCGCUUAAAAUUUGUAAUAUCCGUGAAAGAGUGCAAGAUUAUGUGGGUGGCGUUUCCUUUGAAAACCCUUUACAUAUUUUUACGGGAAACGCCGCUUCAUGAAUUGAAAAAGGUAUAAAGACAUUGUGAAUAGUUGUAGUUGUUAAGGUUGUACAGAAGAAUCAAUGUAGUUCAAUUUUAUUUUUGUGGACCAGAAUUCAACGUUUUCAUAGAAGUAUAUUUUAUUUAAUUUUUCUAAAGGUUUAUUUUCUGUUUGAAUUUUCGUCCCCAAAACAAGAUAGCUCAAUAUAUUUUAUUUAUCAGAAGGAAUUUUAUUUUCAUUUUUGAAUGAAAGCAAUUUUUUUAUUUGGAUUCUGAGGAAUGUUUCAUUUUGCAUUAUUUGGUAGACAUUUUUCGUUUCAACAGUUGUGGAUAUAAUUAAGUUUUCGGUGCGAAUAUAGUAUUAAUACAAGCUGUACGAAAAGUUCUUCGGGGGAUACGUUUCUGUUUUCUUUCGGAAGUUUUUGUACAGUUCGUAAAUGGUAGGGUUAGAAAAAAAUAAACAUUUAUUUGAUUCUGCUUAUUAUUGAUAUAUUCCAAAAUUGUAUACCAUUGGUGUAUAUUGUUCCGGUACUUGUGUACAUAUUUUGUUGCCAAUCUACGUUACGUUAACGUUUAUCACAUCACUUGUUAAUUUAAGUUUCGAAACAAGCUUUAAAGUAUUACCUAGGGUUAAAUUUUAUUUCAUUUAUUGUUAACAUAUUGACGUGUAUGUUGAGUUUGUAAAAUAUUUUUUCAAAUUUUGAAGUUGAGCUUUCCUAGCUUGUGAUUAUAGAUGUAUUUAUGAAGAAAGGUUUUUGUUACAUACUUUAUUAAUAAAAAGUACUAUCAUUUA